CCGACCCCUCUCGUCCCACGCGACUUCUUUGCUUGGACGCCCAAACGACGUCACGUUGAUGGCAGCACGAUUGACACGGAAAGGAAGCCGCCCCAUCCCCAUCGGACGGCUCACGAUGUUCGCGUAAUCGCGUUGCGUUCCGCGAGCCGAUUUUGAACGCAUUUGGGGGUACGGAUUCUCCAGUAACAUAGUGCCACGUGUCCUACAUCGUCUCGCCCACCGGUCUGCUGAAGGCCGCCCCCGCGAAUAAGAGUGCCGGAGUGGAUCGGGGAGGAGGCCGUCGAGCAAUCGCCCGGUUCCUCGAUCCGAUUGUCGCUCCCUUCCAAAGCUCCAAACAACUUGUUCUCGAUGAAUUCACGAAGCACAGUGGCAGCUACUGUUUCCUGUACAUCGGGAAACAAGGGCAGCUUCCGGAUUUUGGUUUGCUUACUCCCAGGAUUUCUGGGAGCUCCUGUUGUUGACGUGAACUUCCGGUUGUUCAAGGCCAUUGUCAGGAUUCCUUCUUCAUCAGUUGUUGUCUCGGAGAUUUGUGGAGGGAGCCAGCCUUAGCUGGAAUCAUCUGCAACUAUUCAUAUUACAUCUGCCAUUUUCUUAACAUUCUUAGAGAUGGUUUCUUCCCAGAUAUCUGGUCUUACCAGGACACAUGUUGACAAGUCCUUCAAGAGACAAAUACUUCUUCCUAUGGGUCCCCCUGAUGUUGUGCUCUCUGAGAACAUGGAGUUUGAUUUUUCUGAUGUAUUUGGUCCUGCCCCAGUUCAAGCCUCGAUUCGAGUAAAUAAUGUGACCUCUGAGAAUUCUCUUCCUGCAUCAGAUUCAAAUGAGGAAGUUUAUGAUGACCCAAUGGUCAUUUGCAAGAGAUCACAUUCUCUGGUGGGGCCGAUGGCUCGUGUUAAUCAGUCCUUGCAGCUCAGCAAGCUCACAUUGCAUGAGACUGAGAACUCAUUGGAACUCAUAGAGAGUGCUUCUGCAGAGACAGGAGAUCGAGAGCCAUCCAUCUGCAGUACUGAAAAGCAUGAUACCAUAUCUGAGAAGAGUGAGGGUGUAGGGCUGGAUGAUUUUGAAGUUAUGAAGGUUGUCGGGCAAGGGGCAUUUGGAAAGGUGUUUCAGGUGAAGAAGAAGGGCACCUCAGAAAUAUAUGCAAUGAAGGUCAUGAGAAAGGAUAAGAUUAUGGAAAAGAAUCAUGCGGAGUACAUGAAAGGUGAGAGAGAUAUACUGACAAAAAUUGAUCAUCCUUUCAUUGUUCAGCUCAGAUACUCUUUCCAGACAAAAUACCGAUUAUACCUAGUGCUGGACUUCAUAAACGGGGGCCACUUAUUUUUUCAGCUGUAUCAUCACGGUCUAUUCAGAGAAGAUCUGGCACGCAUAUACACAGCCGAAAUAGUGUCUGCUGUUUCCCACCUUCAUGCAAAUGGUAUAAUGCACCGGGACCUCAAACCUGAGAACAUACUGCUGGAUGCUGAUGGUCAUGCCAUGUUGACUGACUUUGGCCUGGCGAAGCAGUUUGAUGAGAGCACUAGAUCAAAUUCCAUGUGUGGCACAGUAGAGUAUAUGGCACCAGAAAUUGUCCUUGGAAAAGGCCAUGAUAAGGUUGCUGACUGGUGGAGUGUUGGUAUCCUGUUGUUUGAAAUGCUUACUGGAAAGCCACCUUUUGUCAGCGGCAACCGGGAGAAGGUUCAGCAGAAAAUAGUGAAGGACAAGAUAAAACUGCCAGCAUACCUGUCCAGUGAAGCUCAUUCCCUGUUGAAAGGCUUGUUGCAGAAAGAGGCAAGCAAACGCCUUGGUGGUGGACCUCGUGGUAGCAGUGAGAUAAAGAGCCACAAGUGGUUCAAAACAAUCAAUUGGAGGAAACUGGAGGCUCGGGAAGUCCAACCAAGCUUCCGGCCCAAUGUUGCUGGCAAGAACUGUGUUGCCAACUUUGAGGAGUGCUGGACCAGCAUGCCAUUGUUGGAUUCUCCGGUUGCCAGUCCAGUUGCUGGGGACAGCAAUUUCGCAGGAUUCACUUAUGUGAGGCCUGCUCCUUUUCUUCAGAAGCCGAGUCCCCUAGGCUGAAAGAAACUGGAUCCUACGUCUAUAUAUGGAUAGAGCACCCAAAAUUGUUUGCAAUUAGAAGAUGGCAGCUACAGUCUAGUCUUACGGACACUUUCGCUCCAGUUAUUCCUACUCUAAUUCAGUCAAUAAACAUGCAUGAUAAUCUUCCACUUCUGUUGUGUGCGUGUUUUUUGUUCUCCACUUGACCCAGCGAGCGUAAUUGUGUUUAGCUUAAAUUAAGUCUACCUAAGCAUAUUGUUUUAAAUCCAA